AUGACCAGUGAUAAUUAUUACGCGCCAGAAUUUUGUCUCCUUUCGAUAAAUUGUAGUUGGAUUCUUGAAAGCAGAUCCGUCAAUUGUAAUACCAAUGACUUGUCGAUUUGCUUGAAUAGCCUUCAACUCGAGAAACUUGACAAGACGAAAGUUGAUGGAAAAACGGCGCUUGAAGGCAAGGUGAUCGCGUUGUACUUCUCGGCUCAUUGGUGCCCACCAUGCCGCCAAUUCACACCAAUUCUUAAGGAUUUCUAUGAAGAGGUUGGCGGCGAGUUGGAGAUCAUUUUUGUGUCGAUGGACCGAUCCGAGACGGACUUGAAAUCGUACAUGAGAGAAUGUCAUGGAGAUUGGUAUCAUAUUCCAUUUGGAUCGGCUGACAUCAAGAAACUCUCGCAGGCCUAUGGUGUUUCCGGAAUUCCGGCGUUGAUCAUCGUCAAGGAGAAUGGCGAAGUUAUCACCAAAAAUGGUCGUGAUGACGUCACGAGCGGAAGCAAACCCAAAGCUGUCGUUGCCAAGUGGAAAUCGGCUUAA